AUGACUGCUGCGAAGGCUAUGCUGGAUACGUUACACCACUUAUUACCCCAGGCAGAAAACGAUUAUAAUAGUUAUACUCUCGGGAGUAUUCAUGGUCAUAAUAUUGUGGUGGCCUGUUUACCGUCCGGUGUAUAUGGAACAAUAGCCGCCUCGACGGUAAUAUCUCAGCUGUGUUCCACUUUCCCAAAAAUCCAGUUUGGGCUGAUGGUUGGAAUCGGAGGGGGAGUUCCUAGUACUGGGGCUGAUAUUCGCCUUGGCGAUGUUGUAGUGAGCAAGCCAACGCCUACCUCCUGUGGUGUUAUACAGUAUGAUUACGGCAAAUUCACGCACAAUGGACGGUUCCAGCGCACAGGCUCUCUGAACAAACCUCCCCGAGUUCUGUUAACCGCCAUCUCUCAGAUGCAGAGCGAUAAUAUGAUGGGAAACCGACCGGUUCACGGCAUAAUAUCACGUGCCUUGCUCAAGAACCAAGCAAUGCAGGAACAGUUCUCUCGACCACAAGAAGAUCUAUUGUUUCAUGCCCAGUAUAACCACCAGCCCGGCGCCCUAGACUGUUCCAAUUGUGAUCGUGGCAAGGUAUUAGCUCGUGCUCUGAGACCGAUCGAUGACCCAUACAUCCAUUACGGUUUAAUCGCUUCGGGGGAUCAGGUUAUAAAGGAUGCUACUACCCGCGAUACCAUUGCGCAAGAGAGUGGCAUGGGUGUUCUCUGCUUUGAAAUGGAGGCGGCCGGUCUAAUGGACCAACUACCUUCUCUUGUGAUUCGCGGUAUCUGCGAUUACUGUGAUUCACAUAAAAACAAAAGUUGGCAAGGAUAUGCCGCCAUUGUGGCCGCUGCAUAUGCCAAGGUUCUCUUAUCUGUGGUUCCAGUCCACCGCCACCAUCAUCAUAAGCUGGAAUUACAUAAAAUGAAAGAAAAAGCCUGGAUGGUCCCAUUCAGAAAGAAUACACGUUUCAUAGGCCGCGAGUCCGAAAUUGCAGAACUUGAGGGACGGAUAGAGAAUACGAAAGGACCGUCCAAGAUUGCGAUUUGUGGGCUAGGCGGAGUUGGAAAGACCCAAAUUGCACUUGAGCUGGCCUACCGUUUACAAAGCAGGAACUCAGACUACUCAGUCUUCUGGAUUCCAUGUACGAGCCACGAAAGUGUGGAACAAGCAUACAUGACUCUGGCACAGAUAGUAGGCAUUCACAAUGUACAGCCUGCAGAGGCGAAAAACAGCGUGAAGGCCUUUCUUAGUCAGAGUACGGGGCGGUGGCUUUUAAUCUUCGAUAAUGCGGACGAUAUAGAUAUGUGGAUCCAAAGCUGCGCCGGUAACCCCAACCCAGUUCUGGUCGAUUUUCUGCCUCAGAGUGAUCAAGGCCACAUUCUAUUCACGACUCGGAAUCGAAAGCUAGCUGUAAAGCUGGCAUCGUCUGAUGUAAUAGAUAUUUCCGAGCCCGAUAUAGAAACUGCCUCGAAAAUCCUUGGCAAUCUUUUGAUUAAGAAAGACUUACUCGAUGACAGUGAUACAACAAUGGCUCUGAUCGAACAGCUGGCCUUUCUUCCUCUGGCAAUAACCCAGGCAGCAGCAUAUAUCAAUGAAAAUGAUAUUGGAUUUACGGAAUAUGUUAUGCUUCUGCAGGAACCGGAGCCAGAGGUGAUAGAGCUGCUGAGUGAAGGCUUUGGAGAUGGGGAGCAAUAUAAAUCCGCGAACCCCGUUGCUACUACCUGGUUAAUCUCGUUUCAACAAAUUCAGAGAUUGAGCCAGCUAGCAGCGGAUUAUCUAUCAUUUAUGGCGUGUAUAAGCCCCCGCGACAUCCCACAGUCAUUGCUUCCUUCGGCCAUAUCCAAGAAGAAGAAGGUUGAAGCAAUAGGCCUCCUUAAAGCGUUCUCAUUCAUUAAUGAGCAGGCCGAGGGACGCCUGAAUCUCCACCGACUCGUAUAUUAUGCAACUCGAAACUGGAUGAGAAAGAACCGACAGCUUGACUCAUAUAUUCGGAAAACCGCAGACCAACUCAAUCAUGUCUUUCCAACUGAAGACCAUACUAAUCGAAAGUUGUGGAGACAGUAUCUACCUCACGCUGUAGCAUUGAUUAGUCAACGUGAGUUCCUUGAGCAACAGAAAGUAUAUGCUACAUUUCUUGAGAAGGUUGGGAUGUGCCUGUAUCGGGAUGGCAGAUAUGGUGAAGCCGAAGACCCAGUGCUACGGGCAAUGGACAUCAACGUACAAAUCCUAGGGCGGGAACAUACUUCUACCCUUGAUAGUAUGGCCAGACUUGCGUGGAUACACAUGAAGCAGGGCCGAUGGAAAGACGCAGAACAACUACAAGUACACGUACUGGCGGCUAGUAAGAGAGUUUUAGGACCAAAGCAUCUUGAUACUCUGGCUAGUAUGAAUGACUUAGCAUGCACAUACCAUGAACAGGGUCGACAGGAAGAAUCAGAAAAUCUACAGAUACAGGCGCUGGCAGCCCUCAAGGAAACUCUAGGGCUAGAACAUGCAGUCACCCUAACAAGUAUGAACAAUCUAGCUUCUGUAUACCGGUACCAGAUGCGUUGGAAAGAAGCGGAAGACCUUGAGCUGCAAGUUAUAAAACUCCGUAAGCGGGUACUAGGUUCGGAUCAUCCAGACACAGUGACUGCCAUGAACAAUAUGGCACUUAUAUAUCAGGGGCAGGAAAGAUGGAAGGAGGCAGAAGCACUAGGGGCACAGGUAAUAGAGGCGCGAAGAAUGAUAAUUGGUGAAGAACAUCCUGACACUUUGGCAAGCAUGAUUGUUCUGGCGUUGGGGUACAGGGACCAGAAACGGUGGAAGGAAGCUGAGGAUCUGAUGUUGAAAGUGAUAAAGACCCAGAAGCAGGCGAUCGGACCAGAGCAUCUGGACACUCUGAACGUGUUGGAAUGGCUAGCAUCUACAUACUGGAGCCAGGGACGAUGGAGGGAUGCAGAGAAAAUAUAUUCCGAUCUGGUGGAAACACACAAGCGCGUGCUAGGGCCCAAACACCCCAAGACUGUGAGCAACAUGGCCUGGCUAGCGCACAUAUACUGGCACCAACAGCGGUGGAAGGAUGCAGAGGAGCUGGAGAUCCAUAUCCUAGAGACCCGCAAGUGUGUACUAGGGCCAGAGCAUCCAGACACAUUGGCCAUUAUGCACGAUCUAGCCCAUACCUUGAUGAAGUUUCAACAGAAGGUUGGGGAUGCUUUGGCUUUGAUGGAACAGUGUGUUUCGCUCCGAGAUAAGGUAUUAGGGCCUGAUCAUCCAGAUACGCUACGCUCCUCCCAUAAACUUAGUGAAUUCAAAAAAGCAGAUCACUUACCAGAUACAAACCAACAGAUGUCUGAUCAAGUGGAAAGUGAUCAAUCUAUGAGAGAAAUCUCCACAGCUCUGGUGAUCACUGCACCAGAUACCAAGCACAUUAACCGGGCCAAAAGUUUAGCGACCCCUAUAAGAUGGCCAUUCGAAAACCACCCUCUCCUCAUUGCUUCCAGAAAAAUUUCAUCUGUAUCCCAAGGUCACGACUUACGAGAGGUUGAUUAA